UUCAAAAUGUGACUUGAUUUUACAUUAAUGUUAUUCUCUCAUAGAUUGUUCUGAUAUUACGGUGGCAUAGAGGUGACGUGUUUGGUUGGUAAAUUUAUCUCGGUCCAACGACUGAGCUUAGGCUUGGCCACGAGAGAACUGUGUCCUGGAAACGAGAUAAUAAGUCGAAGCCACGAGAUAUAUAAACAAUCACAUAAGUCACAUAAUAUAUGACACAGUUUGAAAAAGAUAUUUGGUCAAAAAAGUUUUGGCAUAUAAAAUGACGAAUUUAUUUUGUUACUAUUCACACCAUUCACAGGACUUAGUGUUCUCAUUCUGGAAAUUCAACACCUGGAAUAAUGAACGCUGUCAGCGAAGAACUUUCGCGCCAGGUGUAUCAAUGCAUGGACAAGAUAGGUUACAGUCCUGAUAUGGUGAAAUACAGGCGUCAAAAGUACAGACAAAGAGAUGAACUUAAAAACAGACAAAGGUCAGGGGUCACUAGCUACAAGGUCGGGAGCAAGGGUGAGGGCUUCACGUCGUACAACGAAAGUGACCAUGAUAGAAUGUACAUAGACAAUAACCUCGUCGGUGUUACCUCAAGGGACGAUAGUAUAGGCACAACGUCAAAAAGUGACUACGUAUUUGAUAUGAUGUCUGAUCAGUGUCAUCCGGGACAUUACAAGUUAAAACUGUUUCAAAAAGGAACACCAGCUGUGAAAUAUGUUGAAGACUCACUGGUCGUUUGCAACGGAGAAUAUUACAUGUCGAGUGAAAUAUUUGUCCAAAAUCUCCAAAGUAUACCACGAUACAGCGGAAAUUACCAAGGUUGGGAGCGACGACAACGGACGGGCCCGGCAAUACCUGCCGCCCGCGGGCUAUACUGCAGGGAUGACGUCCAAGCGAUCCGGUGUCCCUCUCAGCGCAACUUGUUGGCCACCUGGGCGAAGCGGCCACGGGAACAUGGGUGGCCGCCUGCGAAUCUCAUACGAGACGUCAUAAGUACGGAGGCACAACUGGUUCCGGUAGGUUGUAAAGGAAGUGCGAGCAGGAAGAUGGAAUGGAGGUUGUGCUUCAACACCGGAGAGCUUAAACUUACGGAUGAUUUUAAUGAGGUACAAUACAAGCUGUACAUACUGCUUAAGAUGAUCAAUAAGGAACUGCUCAUACCAAUAAGUCCAGACCUUUCUUCAUACAUGUUCAAGAACAUCGUGUUAUGGCUGGUCGAAAGAAAUCCACCGACCAUAUUUAAAGCGGACCGUUUUCUUGGAUUAAUGGAAACCGCAUUACAGAUGUUCUAUGACGCCGUGUGCCACGACAAACUUGUUUAUUACAUGAUUAAAGGGAGAAACCUGUUGUUUGGAAGGCUAACACACAAGGAUGCCCUUAAAAAGAAAUUAGAAGAACUUCAAUUAGACGGCCCAAAGGUGGUUUUUCAAUGUAAAAAACUCCGGAAGGCUUUGAAGACCGACCCAGAGUCCCUGAAGGCCAGCUGCGCUCGCAGAGACGAGCUUGAGCGUCUACAGCUGGACAUGGGAAUUAUAUGGGCGGACGUCUGGAAGCCUGAUAUGAAGGAUUGGGAUAUGAACGCCCGAGUUCGGGAAAUGGAAAACUACCGCCAAGUCACAUAUCGCCAAUAUCAUAUCGCCAUUCCAGAGUGGGAGCGCCUUGCCACGUCGGGGUCGGGGGGAACUAUAUUGCUUCCAGAAAUACCGGAGUUAAAACAAGAGGAUCAAGCCCGUUUAUACACCUCUUACAGAAAACAAGCCCGGGAAAUAUAUGACAUUGUGGUUCCUUUCUGGAAAAUUGACCGAGGUAUAGAAGUUGACGUUGAGAUUAAGGAGAGAGUCAUUGAGUUGCUAGCAGCUUUACAUCUUACCAUAGAACUCAUGCUGUCAUAGCAAACGUAUGAGGGCUAUACGCGUUAUAUUUACUGAAAACUGAACACACACACAUGCUUGAACGUGUUACAAGCCCUAAACUCGGUGACGGUCAGUGACGUCUUAACUGCAGCUACCAGCUACUUCGAUGAUAACAUUCAAAUUGCAGAACUAAUUUUAAUUCAUCAAAAAAAAAACAAACGAGAAUUACCUAGUUACUUUCCAAGGAUUGGUGGUUGUACCGAGCCUGUCUGUACAAUCGUACAACCACGGCCAUCUUUGGCGAGCUCGGAGGACACUUCUUUUGAUAAUUGCUUGUUGCCUGCAUCUGACAUAUAAUAAGCUAAGAAAGAAAAUUAUUUAUUACAAGUCUUAUUAAUUAAUUAUACAUAAAACAGUUUUGAUAAUUAUUUAAUUCGUAUAUAUAUUUCAUUAAUUUUAGACAAUACGGGGCCUUGUUAAAGUUAACAACGUUGUUUUAAAGCCAUCACUGUUAACUUUCAAAUCUUUACUGCCUCGGAAGUUUAAUGGAUAAACCUGUGAUAUGUUACAGUAGUAUUUUUAACCAGAUUUGAGAAAACUGUUACUCGUUUAAUUUAAAUAUAUUAGCACGCCCUCAAUAAAUUCACUUUAAAAAGUUAACAAAGAUCUCGUUAAUCUUAUUGUAAACUCUAACAAAGUCCUAAACAUCGAACCGAUUGUAGCAAAUAGCACCAUGGCUGCGAGUAAGAACGUUCGUUUUUGCGUUAAAUUUGGCAAUCAAAUUCAUAAGGGAGACAACCUUCAGGAAACUGUUAACGUCUUAAAUGUUGUUCGUCAGAAGUUCAGUAAACACUUUUUCAAUUCAAGACCUAAUCGUGUCUCGACGUACUAUAUUACCUCCAAAAUAUAGUGACAGAUCUACUUUAAACAGAGAGUCUGAUCAAAAUGACCCUUCUUAGACGUGUUAUAGUACACAUAAAAGAAUUUAGAAAACAAUCGACGCCUUUAAUCGUUAUUUGAGUGUGCCAUAGAUUUACCAGAUUGGGGAUGAACCUCGGUUCUAAAAAUGUACAGAAUGGACCAGUAAGCAUUUCCUUAAAUUUCCCGAUUUAUCACUUAAAUCUGCACUCGGAAAUCAUUAACAAUACUGUCAUUGACUAAAACAAGGUAUCGAAUGCGGUUUUAAAUCGUCGCAUUGAAGAAUAAAAUGCAUUGAGUGAGUCGGUAAGCCUUACUAGUAAAAACGUGUAUUGUUUUCACGAGAUAUUUUAAUACAGACAUAAUUUUCAUCUAAAACAAGCGUCAUCGUAAACAAGCAAUUGUCCUUCAUUCGGUGCAUAGUGUCUUAAAUAAAAUAAAAGGUUGAAACAUAUAGAAAACAGUAUUAAUACUCACCGAAUCGAGGGCGUUUUUCACCCCAAACAAUGAACCAGGACACCUGGACGCACCUGACAGUACUGCCCAUAUAGUUGUACAUGUAGGUCAUGUAGCAAUUGAUUUGUUGAAUGGAUAUUAGCCCUGUAAUUGAGGGAUAAUUCAUUUGUAUUAUACAUUAAUUAUAUUGAAAUUUUUCAUUCCAAUUUCGGUAAAAUAUGCAUAUAGAUUGUUGAAAUAUUGUUAUUAUAGUAUUUUUUUGGAUGUUGAUCGAAUAUCAAAAUGUUAAAACAAAGUUCAUUUCUCUGAGAGAUGUUAAUUUUUACGUCUCAGAAACACUUGACAUGUAAUUAACUGUAAAUAUUUUUAUUUAAAUGUUUGCAGUUAAUUAGACACAUUCAUUAUUCUUUCAUUGUAAAUGUUGAUCGUACAUUACAGUCAUUUAUAUAUAAUACUAGUACAUUGCAGCUAGACUGAUUCUAUGUUUUAAGGUAUUCAGCCCUUUCAUAAAAGGUUCACUUGUGUGAGUGAAAACUUGAAGUUGUAUUUCAUUUUCUGCUUUAGUUUUCCAACCGCCAGCGAUCAAACUUUGUUAAUUGUUGUGUACAUCAUAUUGUCUUAAUUAUCAAUACUAUGUAAACUUUUUGAAUAUUUUGUGUUCUGUUAAAUUUAUUAAAUAAAAUUCAUCAGUAUAAUGUU